GGCGGGGAGGAGGAAGGAGGAGGGCCUGGAGGCCGAGGCGGGCAGGCACCAGCCGGAGCAGCUGGCGGCAGACGGCGGCAGCAGAUUGUCGACUGUUGAACUGUCUAGCGGGCUAGGCUCGUCUAACCUGGCAGUCCCAUCCAGGCCUUCCUCCACAGGGAGCUGGUUCUGUGGUCAGUAUGGCUUCCAGCCUCCUCUUGUCUCUGCUGCUACUUCUGAGGCCCUUGCCUCUGGUGGCCUACUCUGUGUCCCUCCCAUCCACCUUCCUGGAGGAUGUGGGGGGCAGUGGGGAAGCCGAGGGCUCCUCAGCCUCUUCCCCGAGCCUGCCACCACCCCGGACUCCAGCCUUCAGCCCCACUUCAGGGAGACCCGAGCCCACAGCUCUGGAGGGCCCCGCGCCCCCCACCAACCUCCUGGAUGGGAUCAUGGACUUCUUCCGCCAGUAUGUGAUGCUCAUUGCCGUGGUGGGCUCUCUGGCCUUCCUGCUCAUGUUCAUCGUCUGUGCUGCUCUCAUCACCCGCCAGAAACACAAGGCCACAGCCUACUACCCGUCCUCCUUCCCUGAGAAGAAGUAUGUGGACCAGAGUGACCGGGCUGGGGGGCCCCGUGCCUUCAGCGAGGUCCCUGACAGGGCUCCUGACAGCCGGCCGGAAGAGGCUCUGGACUCCUCCCAGCAGCUCCAGGCUGACAUUCUGGCUGCUACCCAGAACCUCCGGUCUCCAGCCAGAGUGGUGCCAGGCAGUGCGGAGGGAACAGAGCCGGUGAAGGAUGGGCCAGAGGAUGAGGUGCUGAGCAGCCAGGAGGAGGCCCAGGAAGCCCCAGUGUGCGGGGUCACUGUGGGGAAGCGGGAGAUCCCAGAGGAGUCAGGUCCAGUAGAGGCUGGAGGGGCUUCUGCAGCCAGUGAGGGCCAAGGGGAACAAGAAGGGUCUUUCUCUGUAGCUGAGGAAUCCCAGGGACCAGCUGCCCCCCCUGAAAGUUCCUGCGCUUGUAGCAAUAUCUCUCCCAAUGUCUAAGAGGCUCAAGAACUGCUGGGCCUGACUGCUGGGUCCUUGAAGGUCACCUCCUUGGUCAAGAAAGGCCUUCAGCUCUGACUGCCUCUUGACACCCCUCCUUGGCCAUUGCCGGCACCAAUCCUGACCCCGGAAUGGGCAGAGCUGGUGGUCUUUGGUGCACCCCAGGAAACAUCACCCCAAGUUCCAGUGCCUUUAAUGCCUCUUGCCUAAAGCACACUUCUCUACAAGAAGGACAGACAUGCCCCAGUUGGAACUGCAACAAGGCAGUCCCCACGAGCAGCCACACAGCAGAAGGGGGACAGGCCAGAGGCCCCCAGUGAGACGGCACUCCCUGCUGCUUCCAUAUCGGCUGGGAAGACAGCCGGGGCUGCUGGAUUUGGAAGGCGUCAAGAGGAUGUGCUGCCGUGGUCCUCAGCUGUCUUCGUGCCCUACUGGGAAAGCAAGGUGCAGCCCGUGUCCAGUUGCACCAGGGACUGCAGAGGGUUCCCUUGGCAUCUCCCCAUCAUCAGAAUGUUGGGGUCACUCUGCCUCUGCUCAGCGGACUUGAUUAGUUAGGAAGCAUCUUGAAGGGGCCCCUACUUUAUCACAGAGUUCCCCAGACGCUCCAUGGAGACACAAACUCAAAGUCACGUGAACCAAGGAGCCGCUGUACCCCUCCCCACGCUGAUGCAACUACUCUAAGGGUCCUUAGGCUGGUCUUCUCUUUCCCCCGCUUUAUAAUUAGGGUGAUGAUAGUUAUGAAGUCCAAUCUCACCAUACACACUCUGGAAAACAUCGUUCUUGAUUUUCUCUAAGGCACCCCACUUCCUGAUUUGGUUCAGUGUUGGAAUGUGAGAUGCAGGCCGUCCAGUUCUCUCAAGUGUCCAGCAGCUCUGACUUGAGAGUGUGCAACUCAUCUUGCUAUGGACGUUGGGAUGAGGGGAUUGAGGGACGUUCUCUGUCGGACUCCGAAGCAGCCUGGAAGCCAAAGGGCAUUUGGGACAACUGCCAUUCUGGAUUCUGACGCCCAGGCUGGAGCAGGGGCCUGGCCCAUCCUUUGCUCACACGGUAGUCUGGCAGCCUGAGUCCACACCAUUCCUCAGUCUUUGACAGUGUGGAGGCUUUGUCCUGUUGGGGGCCUUGCGGGGGCUCCCCAUAUCUCCAUUCAGGGCUCCCUGACUCCACAGCUCUUCAGGUGUGGGGAUAUAACAUAUAAUAAACCUUGAUCUGACUUGA